GAGAAAUUCACUAAUAAUAUACAUUACUUUAAAGCUAUAUAGAACUUGAAAGAAAGAUCCAGAUAGCCAUGGCUGGUCUUCAAAGAUCUGAAAUGUCUUUCAGAAGACAGGGUUCAUCUGGGCUUGUCUGGGAUGACAGGUUCUUGUCAGGUGAAUUGAACAAACUGAAUCAACAUGACCAAGAAGAAGAGCACCAUCAUCACAAGGACAAGGGUGAGAUUAAAGACCUUAACGUAGCAACAGCAACAACCCCACCACCUGGAUCAGGAUCACUCAACACAAUCCAAAGAAGCCGCUCCAACGGCGCUGCCCGCGGCUACCGGACCGGAAAAGUUUCUCCGGCGAUCGAGCCGCCGUCUCCCAAGCUCUCUGUAUGUGGGUUUUGCGCAGCUUUUGGAAAAACUAAGGACAAGGGUCAACGGUCAAAGACCGGUAACCGUCGAUCAAGGUAGUUUGUUGAAUCAACUCAUGUCGUGCUGUUACCGUUACCGAUUAAUGUCCACUUUUAUAGGUCUGGUUUUGUGUAGGUUAGGGUGAGUUGAGUUGAGUUUCUUAUAUUAUGGAAAAAAACAGAAUGAUGAAUUCUACCUCUCUGUUUCUCUUUUGCGUCUCACUUUUCAAGCUUUAUUUUAAUUAUGUUAGAUUAAUUGUGCUUUUUAUUUGUCUUAGAUUAAUAGUUUGAUGGUGAGUUGGGUUGUAAUUAUGUGUAUAUUUGUUGGGCUCGUGAAGAAUUUGAUCUCUGUACAAAUUAAGCAAAUCUCGAUUGGGAUCUUUCACAUGAUCACGCUUAUGCAAACUUGGGAUG